AUGAUCGGCACGAGUCGUCAGCUCGGUGUAUGGAAAUGUGACGAAGCAUCUAUGUCUGAGGAACCACCGAAUUCGGCUGGUCCUGGUGGCACGUACACUGGAGGGGCACUAGAGAAGACGACCGCUGUUCCCGGUUCGCCAAUUAACGAAUCAGAGGAUUACGUAAGUCAGAGGACAACUGCAGAAUGGUAA